UGCUCCUCUGAGUGCAGUGGGGUGAGUGUGCAGAGUCUCUGAGUGGAGGGAGGGCUGACCAGUGUAUCUUCGUCUCCCUGGGGAAAGGUGCCGGCGAGGUGGACGACAUGGCCUGGUGGAAAGCUUGGGUUGAACAAGAGGGCGUCUCAGUGAAGGGCAGCCCCCACUUCAACCCAGAUCCUGAUGCAGAGACCCUCUACAAAGCCAUGAAGGGGCUUGGGACCGACGAGCAGGCCAUCAUUGACGUGCUCACGAAGAGGAGCAACGCCCAGCGGCAGCAGAUCGCCAGUUCCUUCAAGGCUCAAUUUGGCAAGGAUCUCAUCGAGACCUUAAAGUCGGAGCUGAGUGGCAAAUUCGAGAGGCUCAUCAUAGCCCUCAUGUACCCUCCAUACAGAUACGAAGCCAAGGAGCUAUAUGAUGCCAUGAAGGGCAUAGGAACCAAAGAGGGUGUCAUCAUUGAAAUUCUGGCUUCUCGGACCAAGAACCAGCUGCGGGAGAUAAUGAAGGCAUAUGAGGAGGACUAUGGGUCCAACCUGGAAGAAGACAUCAAAGCAGAUACCAGCGGCUACCUGGAGAGGAUUCUGGUGUGCCUCCUGCAGGGCAGCAGAGAUGACUUGGGUGGUUAUGUGGACCCAGGACUGGCCCUGCAAGAUGCACAGGAUCUGUACGCAGCAGGGGAGAAGAUCUGUGGGACAGAUGAGAUGAAGUUCAUCACUAUCCUGUGUACACGCAGCGCCACACACCUGAUGAGAGUGUUUGAGGAAUAUGAGAAAAUUGCCAACAAGAGCAUUGAGGACAGCAUCAAGAGUGAGACCCAUGGGUCGCUGGAGGAGGCGAUGCUUACAGUAGUGAAAUGCACACGGAACCUCCAUAGCUACUUUGCGGAGCGCCUUUACUACGCCAUGAAGGGAGCAGGGACUCUCGACGGGACCCUGAUAAGAAACAUCGUUUCCAGGAGUGAGAUUGACUUAAAUCUUAUCAAGAAUCAGUUCAAGAAGAUGUACGGCAAGACCCUCAGCAGCAUGAUCAUGGAAGACACAAGCGGUGACUACAAGAAUGCCCUGCUGAACCUGGUAGGCACCGACCUCUGAAGCCUCAGAAGGACAAGAGCAAAGGCCAAGAAGGCGGAGUCACUGGGUCCUGCUUACUCAACCUUGGCCAUGGAUGGGGGUGGGGGUGGGGGAAGCCACAGCACAGCUUUCAGUCUUCUAUCUCCCAGCUUCUAGCACUUUCCACCCAGUUUCUCUGACCCAGAAGGAAGGAUCAGCCUGGGACUCUUACCUCUACUGUCCUUCCAAGUCAAUUGAAGGUGUGAGCACAUUGCCAACCUCAGGAUAUACUGUGCCUGUUCUAACAAAUACCUUGAUGUGAAGGAGUCUGCAAGAGCUUGUAAUCGUUUCUUUCUCCCUACACAAGCGCUUCCCAAGCCUGCCUGGUCAGAGCCCCCUAGGCACAAGUUACAUAAAGACUCAGCCCCACCCCCAUCUACUAAUCUAGAUCUGCAGAGAAAGGACCAGAGAAUAGGGAAUUUUAAUAAGUGUCUCAGCUGGUAUGCCUCUCUUUCAGACAACCAGAGAAGGCUGUAAGAACCUAUUUGUUUCAGAGCACGUACUCAUGGGCAGCUGAGAAAGGAACACAUAUAUCCAGGCCAGCUGGGCUGUCUAACAUUCAUUCACCAGCUUCAUCUAAAAAUACUAAGCUAUAGGUAGAAGAGAAAUUCUCUCAUCAUCCUACCAACAGAGAAAGCUGAAAAUAAAUGUCCUUACACAAAGACACUGUUUUAAGAGGCUUGGGCUUCUCUAACUCUUGACAAAAUUAGGUCCUCCUUCCUUCCAUGACAGAGCAUGGAGAAUCUCUAAUGCUAACCAGUGUCAAUGGCAACUGAUUACAGGAGAAACUGAGAUGCCUGUGUUGUGCUUUUCAGAAUAAUAAAGAUUUUUUACAUUGGAA